CGGCUUUUAUCCCUAAAAUGCUUUUUUUCUUUCCCAAAGAGCUUUUAAAAAUUUUCUUCUACACAAUGUCUGUUGAUAAUUCUUCUCACUUAAUAAAUAAUUCUCACACAUCAAAUAGCAAUAUAAAAAAUAAAAAUGAAAAAAUUGAAGAAAUAAAUAAAAAUAAUGAACAACUAAAAUUAGAAAAUGUGCCUUUAUUGGUCCGGCAAGAGGAGGAGGAGGAAGAAGAAAAAAAUAAAAAAAUUUCUUCUCCUUCAAAAAAUAAUAAUUUUUAUAGAAAAUUGAAAGAAAAUUUUGACGAAAAAAAUAUUUUGAAAAAAGAAGAAGAAAAUAUUUCUGAUACAGAAUCAAAAGAAGAAUUUUCUGUUAAAGGAAGAAAAAUGUCCUCAAAAGUUUUUGAUUCUAAAAUAGGGGGGAAAAGAAGAAGAAAGGCUUCUUUAAUAAAAGAAAAGUUUGGGGGUGCAAGUUUUGUUGAAAUGGUUGGUGUUUUUAUUUUGUGUUUUUAA